AUGCAGAAGCUGUCGUGUUUCGGAGGCCCUAAUGCCGUCAGGCACACUGUGCACACCGAAGUCGCGCAACAAAGUGUCUCCUCCACUUCGGACUCGGCCAGGGAGACCUGCGGCUCUGUUGUGACGUGUGAGAGGCGAACGACGUGCGACACCAUCGCCGUUCGUUCAGGCGCCGAGCAGGUUGCCUUCGCUCUUGAAGCACUUGCUGCAAACGCGUGCUCUGUCUUGACUCCUCAGUCGACCCCGCUGGCGGCCUCGCGCCAAACGAGGAUCGGUACUCCGAGGGGGGUGAGCCAUGCGGAAGAUGAAUCGGAUCCGUCGAUGUGGGCCUCCACGGAAGGCCCCCAGGCAGGCGCGCGCUCGGGAGAGCCGAGUGCAGAACGCGGCGCGUGCCGCGCUCGGCACCAAGGCAGCCGGGAGAGGGCGGGUUCGCGACGCCUUGACUUGCUGAGUUUGGCGACACGAAAGCUGAGGCCCCAGAGCGCGCAGCGAAUGCCAUGUUUCUGGAUUGCACCGGAGCAGGAGCGUCCCGCACAUUUCUUCUUCAUCCGCAUUCUGUGGUUGUUUGUGUACUUCCUGGUUGUCGACGUUGUCAUGUCUGUCGUCGGCGUCAGCUCAGACUAUUUCUACAUGCUGGAUCCGCAGCCGCAGCUGAAGGACCGCGUGCACGACUGGAUCUUUGGAGGGAAGCCGCCAGCAGCGCUGUCCCAGGUAGUCGCAGACAGUCUCACUGUCUCCUUAAUCGUCAUCACUGGGAUUCGACACCUCUUCUUUGUGCGCAUGCCCCUAAGUAUCAUGAUUGUCUACCGCUGCAUUGCCAUCAUCAUAUCCGUCUACGUGCUUCGGACCAUCGCCAUUUUUGUAACGACGAUGCCGGCUCCUGUCGAAGAUUGCACGCCGUCCGACAUUGGCACGGCCAGCGGGUUCAUGAUGCAAGCAUUCUUGGCAGCGUCUUUCCAAACUUCCCUCUGUACAGACAUGAUCAUCUCUGGACACACGCUGACCACGGCUAUAUGCAUGGCGACAUGGCUCUUCUACAACAACUGCAAUAAGCACGACAACCCCGAAAAAGACAUCAUCCUCUUUUACUUCCUCCGAGACAAAAUCCGCGCUCGGUGGACCCGCUGCGUUUCCCGCUGGUGCGGUCGAUUGGCUCGGCGCAGCCGCAAAGAUCCCAGAGACAAGGCAACAGGCAAAGCCGGUGCCGGAGGGCGAGACAAGUCAGUCGAAUGGAAACCGCUCGGCGGUUUCGAGAGCUCGAGUAACGUAGGAAUGGUCGAUUUAACGGCGCGCAGGGGUCUCGAUCUGCAUACCAACACAAGCGACACGGAGAAGGGCGUUUUCCGAAACAACGCUGACGGCGAGGGCUGCGGCAGGAGUCGGUCUGAAGGCCUGGCUGUUGAGGCCGGCUUGAAAGAGGAACUCGAAAUCGUGAUCGACGCCGAGGGCAGCUCUGCAGCGCACGACGUGGCCCAGAGAGAGUUCCAGUGCGGGCGGUGUGACGCACGAGGACAGGCGAGCGAGCCGGCUGGGACGCGGGAAAAUCUCUCUGUAGAGGUUCCCAACAAGGAGGCAUUCAAACAGAAAGAGGGAAGGCUUUCCUCCGCCCCUCGAGGAGGGAGCAGCGAAGGAGAACGGCAGGCACCGCGUGGGAAUUUCUCUCGGCCGUACUCCUCGGAUUUGGAGAUCGGCCGGAAGAAGCAGACCACUUCUUGCGGGUGGUUCCAGACUUUCUGGGCCACGGUGUGCGAGUGGAACCUGCUGGGUGUCUACUGUCUCCUCCAUGGCGCCGUGAACAUUAUUAUCAUCGAUUUUUCCUUCUGCCACUACACCGUGGACAUCUGUUUCGGCCUUCUCGUGGCAUUUGCAAUCUACACUGCAUACCACAUGAUUCUGUCUCUCCUCUGGGCGGAAAGAGCGGAGUCUCUGCGGCGUGUUUCGACGGGCCCUCUGGCCUCGCCCGGAGACGGGAUGAUGAGAAAUCCUUCCGCCCUCCUCGCCGGCUGCCUACACACUGGAACUUCCCUCUCGUUCGGCGAAUCGCAUGGCGACGCCGAAAUCCUGCUGCAGCCACAAGGAUGUCACGCGGGAACCACGAGACCGCAUGCCGCGGGGGGGGCGACCAAGCCUGAGCGCACGUUAGCAGACGGCCUGCGUGGAGAAGCCGUUAGUGGCCCUCUGUCUUUUUCUGCAACGGCGAUUUUGGACUUCCCACUCGUUCGUUUUCCAGCCUUCUUGAUCAGGAGACUGGAAGGGAUGGAUUGA